AUGGAUCCUAGUUAUAAUAAUAUUAAUCCGUGGUUACCAUUGCUCAGACAGAGUUUCGUAUUCAGUGGAGUCGUGUCAUUCUUCUUCAUCCAUGGUCUUUUUGUGGGAGCACCUACAGUCUUCAUACCGCAACUUAGGAAAGAGUAUAACUCUACAGAAUUUAUAAACUUGUCUAUGGAAUCGUGGUUGUCAUCAACUGUGUUCUACAGUUCUUUACCAUGGGCGGUGAUCAUUCCACUAUUUGCUCACACCUAUGGUCGAAAGAAGACCGAAAUCCUGCUUUGUAUUGAUGCAAUAUUGAGCAGCGUCAUUCUAUACUUCAGCGAAACCCCAAUCCACAUCAUCAUCAGUCAAAUUAUCAUCGGUGUGCAACCACCGGCCCAUCUAACUAUCUCAUUAAUGGUUUUAACGGAGUUCUCGCCGAGGUACAGAGGCCUGUUUAUGACUUUCAAAUCUGCCACCACAUAUUGGGGAAUAUGGAUGUCGAACGCCAUAGGAACGUACUUUCAUUGGAAGAACAUUGCUCUUGUUAGUUUUGUAUGCAGCGUGUAUACACUAACAACAUUGUUGUGGCCAGAAUCGCCGUACUGGCUCGCAUCUAAGGGCCGAUUUAGCGAUUGCGAAACAUCACAUAGGUGGCUGAAGGGAACCGAUGAAAAAUCUGAGGAGGAACUUAAAAUACUAAUAAGUUAUCAAAAACAACGUUUGAAUAGACAUAGUAAAUUAUCAAAUGCAGAUAAAUUGAAUAACGGUGUAAAAGCGAUAGGAAAUCAAGCGUUUUAUAAGCCUCUACUCACAGCGACGCUUACGAUUUGCUUGUAUCAAGUUUGUGAAACGAAAGAUAGAACUAUAUUGGAGGUUGAGCAAUAUUUUGAUGAAAGUGACAUUACUGUGGCGGAAGACGAAGUGACGUUGAAACAAGUUAAUUGA